AUGAAGCAGCCUAAAAGGCCAUCAGUCGACACAGCAGACACUGGACCUGUGGAGACAGAGGCAAAGAAGAAGAAAAAGUUGCACAAGGACAAGAAGCAUAACACCACAGCAGACAUUACCCAGAGCAACGAGGAGAGCAAGCCCCAGGCCAAACAGGGUGAUACACAGGGUGGGGAUGACAGACUGGCAGGAGAAGGGGAGGUUAAAGAUGACAGAGUUAUGACAAAGGCACAUCGAAAGGGCAAGAAGCGGAAACAGCAACGUCGUGUGCAGAAUGACGACACAGUCCACCAGAGUCGCAUCAAUGCUGAGGAAACUCAACCAAUCAAGAAGAAAAAGAAACACAAGAAAUAAAUGGUUGCUCGGCUGUCAAUCAACUACAUAGAGGGCCUGUGUAUUUGUUUUAUUCAGUGAAUAAUUCAAUCCAAAUUUAGUUGUUUUUUUUAAAUGAAAAUCAAGUUGUGUCAUUUUGUCAUGUACAUGUUUUCGAAGAGGUCAAAAGCUCUGAUUGUGGAAUCAUGCUUAUAUGUUUAAAAUGAAAUUUCAAAAUUUCUCAAAAUGUUUAGCAUUCACCAAGCUGAAACUUCAACAAGUUAGUUGUUAUGCACCUUCUUCAGAUUUUAAGCAAUUUUGUGGCUUCAAAAGAAAACAUAAUGCACGGAAAGAAAAUGAUCCUAUCUACAUUUAAGUCACAGAUAUCAUCAAGACAUAUGUUAAGUCUCCUCCAGAGAGUAAAGGCGUGCAAAUCAGGGCAAGGGGCAUGAGCGUAGGGCCCUUUAACUUUUGGAAUUUGUAUUUGACUUGGCAAUAUGUAAGAUCAAAAGGUGUGUCAGUACGAAGAAUUAUUUUUCCAUUAACUUUCUAUGGAAUAAUUUCUCCUAAACAGAAGGAUGAUGCUGCAUAGGAUAAUUGUAGGCACCCGAGAUCUGUAAAAGCACAAACAAAAUUGGUUGUCCUAACCCAGUGUUCACUUUCUUGAAACUGUAAAUUUUAAGCCAUAAUAGCCCAUCAGGCCAGCGUUUAUCCCGGUUUCCUUGGCAUUAAACAACUGGGAAUAUUUCUAUUCCCCCUGGAUGGGAUGCCGGUCCCUCGUAGCUUACUGACCAGCUAAUGUCGGUAUCCAUUUGUGUUUCUGGGUGGAGAGAGGCAAGUUAGGGCAAAGUGGCUUGCCCAAGGACACAACAGAUGGAUUUAAACCCCUGACCCUCUGAUCAUGAGUCACAAGUGGUAACCACUAGGCCACACACCCAACCACACACUCCACUACACACCCCGCCAUACACCCCACCACUUGAAAUUGAAUCGUUAAAAAGAAAAUUGUGAAUGAAGGCAAGAUGUAGUAGCUAGCUGGGUCUCAAGUGAAGGAGACCAAGUCUAGUCCAUGUUUCCAGACUAAAUUAUGAGGGAAGGGGAUUAUAAAGUUUGAUCUUGUUCUUGUUUGACUUUUGGGGGGGGGGGGGAAACUUCUAGAAAAGUCUGGGGAAAGAUGAGUGUGGAAAUAUUCAAAGAACAUAUUAAAACACUUUAAAAACAGACUUGUAUUUUUUGCAUUUCUUUAUUUUAUUAAAUCAUCCAACAUGAUUGCAGACUUUAAGAUUCGGUAUGAUGGACUAUAAGGUGCAACUUUGACAAAAGCUCAAGUCAAAAUAUUUGCCUGCAGCUGUAGUAUUAUUUGUGACCGGAAUCUAU